UGCCAAAAGUGCUCAAGAACAAAUGCCGGAGAAUUCACCACACAAUGCCAAAGGUGUUCAAGAACAAACACCAGAGAAUUCAUCAAAGUGCCAAAAGUACAAAGAACAAACACCAGAGAAUUCAUCACAUAAUGCUAAAGGUGUUCAAGAACAAACACCAGAAAAUUUAUCACAUACUGAAAGUGCCCAAGAACAAAUGUCAGAGAAUUCACCACAUAACACCAAAGGUGUUCAAGAACAAACACCAAAGAAUUCAUCACAGUGCCAAAACACUGAAAGUGCCAAAGAACAAAUGCCAGAGAAUUCAUCACACAACGCUGAAGAGAAUUCAUCACAGUGCCAAGAACAAAUACCAGAGAAUUUACCACACAAUGCUGAAGUGCCCAAGGACAAACUCCAGAGAAUUUACCACACAACACCAAAGGUAUUUAAGAACACUAGAGAAUUCACCACACAAUGCCGAAAGUGUUCAAAAACACCAGGACAAACGUCAGAGAAUUCACUACACGAUGUUGAAGGUGACAAAGAACAAACACCAGAGAAUUCAUCACAGUGCCAAAAGUGCCCAAGGACAAAUAUCAGAGAAUUUACCACAAUGCCGAAGAUGUUCAAGAACAAACACCAGAGAAUUCAUCAAAAUACUGAAAGUGCCCAAAAACAAACACCGGAGAAUUCACCACAUAACGCUGAAAGUGUUCAAGAACAAACACCAGAAAAUUCAUAA